UUUGUGAGAUAUGAUUAUGUUUAUGAACGCACCUGCGCACACUGUCAUAGUAUAUACCGCUCCAAAUGUCUCUGAGAGCCAGGAAAAAUAAUGUGUCUCUCGUGAUCUUGAUGCUGUGAACAUUUCCAUGUCAACCGAAAGGCAGGUGCAUUUAAUACUGGACACACACUUUGCAAUGAUCGACUGAUCGUCACGUUUGUAAUUGAGUAUACAUAUUUUGUCUACUUUUUUAACGAGGGAGAAAUACUCAUGAAACACUGUGGUGCUGGAAGUACGCAGUCAGACUAUUCCACCCACUCUGGGAUGGUGACGGCGCAUACGUCAUGUGUCUAAAACCAUUGGCUCAUGCGUCUAAAACCAUUGGUUCAUGCCAUAUACUAUAAGCCAUUUUUUUCAAUCUGUAGAUAUUUACCUUUGAAAAAAACACCCAGUAUAUAUUAUGAUGAUGAUGAUGACGAAAAUUGUAAAAUGUUGACUGUGAAGUUGCCAAGUUUGCGGAACCUGCUCUCCCAAGUGUUGUAUUGAAGCCCAGUAUACAGGGGUGCAGGCACAGCCACGGAAUGCCACACAAUGCGUUUUCCUGGGUGUAGGCAAAGGGUUUGUGUGCUUACUAUCUACGGAGCAGGGUAAGGUCGAGCGGUGAAUAAAGGACGGAAGUGCUGAUAAAUAUAUCCCCGUUUGUAAUCAUGCUUUCACAGAAUAUCACAAUUUCUGCGAAAUGUGCUUUUCAGUGUAACAUUUUCGGGGACCCCCCCCCGUGAAUCUAACCUGAAAGACUAUUCUGGUAACGUGUGUGUUUAACCUUUAGUUCAGCACGAGCUAAAAAUGUUUACUCUCAUAAUUUAGCACUUUGAUGUACUGUGGGAGAAAAUAAUAUAAUCAAAUGUUAAACUGCUGUUGCAGUAUGUGUGCUAGAUUGGAGUGCUUUGCCUGAAAGCUAGGGUAAAAAAAGCAGUGUAUAUAUCGACCAUUGCCAGCAUGGAUGAUAUAAACCAUGAUUACAUGGCUUACCUGAAAAUGUUAACACUGUGGCUACAACCAUUAUGCAAAGCGUACACAAAAAUCCAGUCAUCUCCAUGAGGUGUUACUGAUUAGCUAGCCAAAGUAAAUUCAUUAUUUAGUCACUUCUAAAUGUUUUCAUCAUAUACAGCAACCAAAAAAUAAAAUAAUAAAUUGGCAUACAAAGCAGGCUGUCACCAGUACAAAUAUGAUAUACUAUCCACGAAUUUAAGUACAUCGAGCUAACUUUCUACUGAUAUUUUUAUUAUAUUUGUGUUGUUUUCCUAUUUCGUUGUAAUGCACGUUAUGUCUACCACACUAUGUCCAGUGUGUGACUUUAAAGUUCCAAGGAGAUAGAUUGUUUCAGAAAAAUCCAUAUUUUACUCAAAAACAGCAUUUCUAGUGUUCUUAUUUGUGUGUGAAAGAAGUAUAACACAGGCAACCUUACUCAGAGUUAAUUUGAUUUAACUUAUAUGCACUGCUGGGGCUAAAAUGCAUGUGCUGGAUAAGUGGAGACCUGCAUGGCCGUUGUCCUCGUAAAUAAUCCUAUUUAAGUGAACAUCCAUUUGAGUAGCAGCUAGAAGACAGUUAUUUCUGCAGUGAAGAGUGGCGUACAGUGGUCAUAUUUUAAGAUAAGCCCUCGCAGCUAUGAAAUGGUGUCACAACAGGUUGGGAUGCUGAGGAGUGAUGAUGAUGAUGAUGUGUGCGCUGCUUUCAGCAGGUGUGUGCUUCCCCCACCUGCCAAUGCCAUCGCGUACACCGCACCAGGAACCCUUUCAUGGCUCAGUCGAAUUUCCAGACCAGCAUGUAGUGUGCUUUCAUGAGAGAUAUGUCUAUGCAUUAUAUAUUAAUGUAUAUACAGGAAUAGUAAAUGUAGUUCGUAGAAAGGCCUUAUAGAAUUAAUGGAAAAAUGCAUUUUCAGGUAUGUACUAUUCGCAUAAAAAACAAUUUCUUCAUAACCAUACAUAAAUAAUUCAGCAUUAUAUUGCGAUGUAGUGUUUUUUUCUGCCGUAAUUAAGGAUAUGCAAAGUGGAAAUGUAUAACAAAAAUAAACUGCCACGAAGUUUUCUACGUUCGUGUGACACUAAUAAUUUGCACUUCGGCAAAUGUAUUCAACAUUGUACCCUGUAUUUAUUCUUUCCAUGUAUUUAACCCAGAUCUCUGCUACAUAAGUGUUUUUUUUUUCUGAAUGGAUUCCCACGUGGUUAUUCAUACUCUGCUCACCCGUCUAUAUACGUCCGUCCACUACAGUCCCAUGUUCACAGUAAUCUACACAAUAUUAGUACAUUAACUGCACGUUAAACGGAGGGAGUGGGAAUGUGUUCCUCAUGUGCACUCACGACGCAAAAAGGAAGGCCAACGCUUGGUGUUUUCCCAUGGUUAUUUUGCCAAGCGUGCAAUAAACCAACCCACGGCAUUAGAUGGCCACUCCCGAUUGGCCGGCCGGUGGCACAUGCAUAAGAUAAGAGGUGAGCCACCCGGCCUAGGGUAGUUCACUCCUGAAGCACUUUUGAGCAAUGUUUACACUCGCCCCGUUAUCCGCUCCAUCGCUCCUAAGUGAGUGACUACAAGGCACUAACAUGCCUGCAAGAUACCGCAAGGCCAGGGACAGCAGCAUCGUUAUGAAGUAGCAUUCAUUUAUAACACGUCAUUUGUAGAGCGGGAAGACCAUCGUUGUAGAAUGUAUUACAUGCUUGUACACAUUUUUUUAUAUAUAUACGAUGCAGAAAUAUUGAAAACCUGUAAAAAUUUAAAUACAUUUUUUGUUGUACCACAGUUGUGAGAUUAAAGGUUGUUUAACCUGCCCUGAUUCACUGCCGUUAAUGUUUAAUUUUACUACUCAGGUGCCCUCACUGAACUUUUCAAACAUCUGGCAGUUCAUUAGUUCAAGUAAGCCUGAAUGCUGAUGAGAUACUGAAUGUUGUAACUGGUUCAAAGUAUGCGCGUGUUGAACCAAUGCUGUUGAAAUUAUGCACUCCCAGAGGCCUAUGUGGCUGGAUGUGUGAAAGAUAGUUGUUGUUUUACGUGGAGGGAUAGAUAUGCAUAGGGUCACUUGGAUUGGAAGUCAUAACCUCACAUUGGAUGCAUACUUCACAGGGAUAUUGGUAUAGUGUGUUUGCUCGCAAAGUAAAACGACAUUCACAUUGUCAUCAUCACCUAGAAUGCACAAUUCACAAGUCUCAAUGUGUGAAAGUGGAAAAUUCCCAAAAUGAAGUGAUGGGGAUUUUUAUUGUUUUUAACCUAGCUGGGACUCUGAUUCAACACUGUGGUGUGUGCCUACAGUCUAGCCAAUGAUAGUAUCUUUUAAAGUUUUCUUAAACAAGAAAUCUGGACUUGUACAAUUUAUAAUCGUUAAGUACCGACACCACACCCUUCCCCCUGUUUUGUAAAAAAAAACAUUGCAGGACAUGUUUGGACUGUUCAGACCAGGAUGCAAAAGGUCCUGUAUCUAAUGAUUGUGUGAUGUGACUGUCUAGAACAUCGCUGGCCAACUCCGCUUGACUUCACCCACCCUCACAGGGGGGGGGGGGGGCGGGGGGUCCUUGUGCAAAUCUAUUCAUCGGGUAGGUUUCAGCUCUGUGAAUAAAACGUGUUGACAUCGGGAACAGAUUUACUGGAAGGCAUUCGCCCCUGGCCCUCGUUUUGGCUGUGCGAGCCCGGAGUGGCUCUCUUGUGUUCAGCGCUGUAAUGGGAUGUGAAGUCUGAUGCCCCAGAGUCGAGUUAGCACACAAUUGUAUACUCACAUUGCCCCGUGGCAAUUGUAACGCGCGCACACAGCGCAGGCUGCUUCAGCCCCGAUGGAUGUUAGCUGCCCCAUUCCUUUUGUUACCUGCAAAGUCCGGCUGCGGUGUUUGUGUUAGUUAGGUAUAAACCUUCUUUUAUCCUAUGUAACAAUAUAAUAAAGUGUAGUGUAAAUAUGCAUGCACAUGCAGUGUAAGCGGGCUGAAGGUAAUGGACAGAGUGAGAAUGCAUAUCAAGAACUGGAUGAAAUUACACACCAACCUACAGCGGUGAGCAUUAAAGCAGUGGUGAGCUUCGAGAACGUGGUGAUGCGAGAGUGUGACCUGGAGGAGGAUGAUGACCGGCUGCACAUCGUGGAGGAUGUGGAGGACCAGGAGGACGAGGAUGAUGAUGGGCGCUCGGGGAUAAACGACGGCCAGAGCGAAACGGCCGAUGGUGGCGGUGAGCUCAGCCCUUCGCAACCAGCCGAGAUGGCCCCUCUGGUCAGGAGGAGGGGCCGGAGGAGAAAGGGAAGCUUCAACUCAGAUGAGAAGGACCAUGCUGACCAUGAGGAUGUGAAGGAUCAAAGUGAUGGCCUGGGGCUUGAAAAUCUACUUCUGUCCCAAGUGGAGCAAGCGGUCCCAUCGGAGGAGACCCAGGCUGGGCCACACGAGGCAGAGAAGGAGUUGGACGCGGUGGAGGCGGAGGGCGAGGACGAGGAGGCCAUGGGGGGCGGCAGCCCGGGAGCAACCGCCCCCGUUGAGGGGACCCUCGCCGAGUUCCUGCAGCGGCACGACACGGCCAUCAUCUACCCCGAGGACCCCGAUGAGGUGUCCGGAGGGAUGCCAGGAACGCCCGAGACUGGCGUGCGAGAUGACAACGGGACUCCAGACGCGUUCGCGGGGCUCCUCGCCUGCCCCUACUGCAACCGGGGCUACAAGCGGCUCAGCUCCCUGCGAGAGCACAUCCGUUACCGGCACGAGCGCGCCAUCAACGACACCGCCGGCGGCCUCGCCGAUAGCCACAAGCAGCAGCGUGCCCAGAGUCAAUCACAGAGCACUGGGAACCGGAAAUUUAAGUGCACAGAGUGUGGAAAAGCCUUCAAGUACAAGCACCACCUGAAGGAGCACUUCCGCAUUCACAGUGGUGAAAAGCCAUACGAAUGUCCCAACUGCAAGAAGCGUUUCUCCCACUCGGGAUCCUACAGCUCUCACAUCAGCAGCAAGAAGUGCAUCGGGGCUCUGCCAGCCAAUGGCAGGACACACGGGGGCAGAGCGGGGGCUUCCGCGCAGGCGUCCGCAGCUUGCCUUUCCCCUUCCGGCUCCCCGGCCGCUUGCAGCAGCCCGCCCUCGGAGGGCGCUCGGCUCGUUUCCACGGCGAGCGCCGUGACCGCCGCCGGCGGUGCGGACCUGCACAGGGGCGUGCAGGUGAAGGCGGAGCCGGUGGACUACCCCAACGGGGACUAUCGCGCCAUGGUGGUGAUGGCCUCGCGGGGGCUGUCGGGACUCGUCCCCUUUCUGAACGGCGGCAUCCGGGCGGCUCACUGCCUCGGCGUCCCGCCGUACGUGGCCACCGCGACCGCGUCCGGGGCGAAGUCCGGCGCGCGCAAGACGCCCGAGGCGGCGUACGACCCGUCGCUCGAAAAGCGCAACGGCGACUUUCGGGGCUCGAACGGCAGUGGCGAGGUGUUCAAGCGGGAGCAUUGCUCGACGACGGCGGCCUCUCCGCCCCACAUCUCCGGCGGCGGCAGUGCAGCGGUCGUGGCGAAGGGUGCAGAAGGCCCUGCGCGCAUGGAAGAAGACCACGAGAAUUGCACGCAGAGUGACGCGGAGGAAACCGGCCGGAUGGCUGUCAAGAUAAAGACCGAAGCCGCAGAACCUGAAGACCACCAGCACAAGGCGUCCGAGAUGGAGAGCCAUUUGCCGGUGACCAGAGAGAGGCCCUGCUAUGCCUGCCAGUUCUGCAGCGAAUCGUUCGCAGGCCCCAUUCCUCUCCACCAACAUGAGCGCUAUCUGUGUAAGAUGAACGAGGAAAUCAAGGCCGUCUUGCAGCCAUCGCCACCACAUUCCACUUGUCCCACGCCCAAGAAAAAGACAAAGAACUCAAUCACCUCACACACAGCUGGAAAAGCAUUGGUUGGAGGCUGCCAUGUGCCCACUAUUGAUGACCAGCUCGCAUUGCUGAAGUCAUACCUCUACGCUCGAAACAUCGAACCAAGCCCGGAGGAGCUCAUAAAGAUUUCUCUAGCCAUGAGCCUCCCGGGUGAUUUGUUGCGGCAAUGGAUGGACAAGAAAGGACCAGUGACAGAUGCUGUACCCAGUUACUGCACUUCAGGAAGUUCUCCAUCGUACAACAUCCAGGAGGCAUCACAGAGCCAUUCUCCAGCCAGGCAGGGUGUGGGCAGCAGGGGAAGCAGCCCGCUCCAGCGCUCCGGAAUGUUCUUGCCGAGCAGUGAUGGCAUUCCAGCACCCACAGCACCGACGUCAUCCCCGCACGGAGGGAGCGCGUGCGUGAGAAACGGCCACCCCAAUGGCCUGACCAACGGGCUGCAAGAUCAGUGCGAGCCACUCGACCUGUCCGUGCCAAAACUGAGCCAGGUGAAGCGAAGGGGCAAGGAGUCCCCCCCCAGCCACCGUUUGGGUGGACACGGUGGAGAAGAGCAGCCGUUAAACUUGACAACCGGCACAGGCGUUUCCAAGUCAGUGUUAAACUCCUUUCAUAGUGCGAAGGCCUCGCCGACCCACAGCAUCGAUGAUCUUCCUGAAAAUAAGCCUGUUAUAAGCGUGGCAUCCGUAGCAAGCUAUGCUCCCGGCGGUCAGGUGUUCACAGGCUUUCCCCCACCUCUGGGCUUAAUGCCGACGCUCCACAUGGGCUUUCCAGGGCUGGGGCAUUAUGGAGGGAUGGACACAGGUUCUUUUCUUCCGAGAAUCCCGCCCUAUGGAGGCUUGGCAGAGGCAGCAUCCUUGACUGAUGGACAAGACAGAAGAGGCCUGCAGAGACGACACCUCACACAGGCGGACUCGCCGGAAGAAGGCAUGGGGAGUCCUUUGGGCUCAGACGAGGUGACGGACUCCGAGUCGGGUCUCUCUGUGCGCAAGCGUCAGAAGAAAGGGGAGAGUGCACCGGGGGGUUCGUACUCGUGUGACCUGUGCGACAAAACCUUCCACAAGAGUAGCUCGCUGCUACGGCACAAGUACGAACACACGGGAAAGCGUCCGCACCAGUGUGAUGUGUGCAACAAGGCCUUCAAACACAAGCACCACCUCAUCGAGCACUCGCGGCUGCACUCGGGGGAGAAGCCCUACCAAUGUGACCGCUGCGGCAAGCGCUUCUCUCACUCGGGCUCCUACUCGCAGCACAUGAACCACCGCUACUCCUACUGUCGGCGCGGAGAGGGCGAUCGGGAUGGCGAGCCAAACAUAAUGGGAUUGGAGCGAAGCAUUAUGGGAGAGGAGCCCAGCGUGCUGGGGGAGGAGCAAGGGAUGCUGGGAGAGGAGCUGGGCAUUCUGGGAGCGCAAGGGGGUGCCUCGGUGGUGGAGGAUGCCGACAAGGGGGCGGUCGGACAGGAGGAAACCAUGAUGGAAGAGGAGGGAGGAGAAGAGGGAAGUGCCACAGAAAAUGGAUCAAAAUGUUCCCAAGAGGAGGCGUGGGGAGAGGAGGAAGAGCAGUGUACGAAGGUGAAUGAUUACGAGCGACAGGGCUUUGAAGACGCCGCAGACGAGGAGGCCGAGGAAAAGUGUUCCGACGCAGCAGCAGAAGAAGGGAGAGCAAGUAAUGAAGAUGAGGAAAUGGAAUUGAGCGGGGAGUUGGACGGAGGCACUACACAAGUAGGACAGACGCAAAUUAAGUGUGAAGAUGACGACGACGAUGAUGAAGAUGCAAGCAGCAGCUUAGGGGCCUCUCGAUGAUUUUCCAGCUCCUUGCUGUUGGAGCCGUCUCACUGGCCUAGAGGCCCAAGACUACCAUUAUUGUUCUAACCAUUGCUGUGCCUCAGCUGUCCUCUUAAGUUGUUUUUUUUCCUUGUUGAGUGAAAGGAUGUGCCAGUGAUGUUCGAGCGAAUCAAUGUGCCAGUGUUGUUUGAAAAGCAUUUGAUUGCAAACUUGCCAUAUCGGGCUAAACUUCUUGCAAUUCAACAGGCUCUCUUGGACUUUGUUGGACUUUUGGUUUUACAAAAAGAAAAAAGUAUGUUGUACCCUAACCUGUUAAUGUAGACAUUUAAGCAUAAUACUUUGAUCAGUGUAUGGUAGAUUUUAUUUUUAAGUUGUUAAGCCUGAAGGAUAAAAUGAAGAGAAAUUACCUUAAGUGAAAAAGGUAGAAAAGCCUUUAAUAUGCAGAAAUUUUUGUACCAUUUUUAUCUGUGUGCCACUCUUUUGUAAAAGCAGUGUUAUUUUUUAGGCAAGCCAGUUAAGUAGCUUAUACUUCCAACACUACAUCAGUAUUCAGUUCAUGACAUGCACCGGUGUUAUUUUAUGUAGCCAGAUUUUGUGCAUUGUACAUUGUUAGUGCAAUUUCACAUUGUCGCCAUCACACUAAGUCUUCAAAUUAAACUCCCAAAUUAGUGGUUAUUUUUCUUAAACAAUGCUUCGAUAACUUUUCUAUUUAUGUUUCUUAAUUGUUGUUUUCAUCUCUGUAAUUUAUUUCAUACUUUAGAGUAAACUAGAUGGUUUUAUAAAUAGAUGCUAGAAUUUUAUGCAGUUCAUGGAGAAAAAAAUGUUUCACUCUUCUCCCUGUGAUAUGUACUUGCCGUAACAUUUACAUGCAGUGUUAACCUCUGUUUUUUAAAUUGUUGUUUAUCUGCCCAACAGUAUUUCCCAGCUGCCCAACCCUUUUUAAUGACCUUACAUUUCAUCGCAGUUUGUUUACUGAUGCAGCCAAAUGGCUGACACUUGAAUUUGUAAUUUUAACUGUGGAAAUAAAUACCAGCCACACAAGGCCCCCCCUUGUAGCAACAUUACUUUUUCCCUCUAACUAUUCGGUCUGUGCUUUUACUCUCAGCUUGGAUUUCAGUUGCCAGGACAUCUUGGCAUAAUAAUAAUGUAUCAAGUCAAGGGUAAAGUCACUGCUUGUCUGCCCAAUGCACAGCCCGUUAGCGAUUAACCAAUCUUCUUCCCGCACCUCCUCCUCUGCUAAGCAUCACUUUGGUUGUGCCUUCUGUAUAUCAAUUGUUAUUUUUGUUCAUUUUUCCCAAGCCAAUGUGUCCUAUUGACCAAACCCCAUCUGCUGUCAGUUUUUUUUCUUUGCUAAGUUUUGGAUGGGCCAGAAAUGUCUAUAUUUUGACUUGUUUCGGCAUCACCGUUAUACAGUAUUAACAUUUAUUUAAUUGACAAUAAACUUUCCGAAACACCUCUUCA